AUGCGUGAGUAUGCAGAGCAUAGGAGAAAGGGAGUGCCCGGGAGGAUGCCGAUGUCCAUGAUACGGCGAGGAGGAGAUCGUGAGGAAAUGAUCUCUCUAGAGGCGCAGAUUGCUAGAGUGGAGGAGGAGAUAGAUCAGGUCAACCGACAGAUCAGAGAGGUAGAGAAACAAGUGCUCAAUCGCGACAUGGAGGAGCAGCUUCAAAAGGAAGAGGAGCAGCUUCGAAAGGAAGAGGAGCAGCUUCGAAAGGAAGAGGAGCAGCUUCGCGAUCUACUCAUCGAGGUGAAGAGGGCUCAAGGUUCAAAGAAUCCUCAAGGCUUUCUGUCAAAACCUGAAGGCGACAUGUUGCUGUCCUUCUUGAACGAGCUUUGCAAGGUUGCGAGGGCGGGCAAGACUUACUCAGCUCAAGAGAUUGUCAGCUUCUCGACCUUCUUGGGAGGGAAUGAGAUUUUUGGAAAUCAGCUGUUCCUACGAGAUUGCUACUUCGAGAUGAAGCAGCUGAUUGCAGAGUACUUCCGCUUAGACACGGAGAAGCCGAAGAACGGCCAGGUCAUCCUCACAGGGAGUCCAGGGAUAGGGAAGUCAUGCUUUGCCUACUUCUUUCUUCUUCAGCUUCUCGGCUCUGAUGAGGAAGUAGUCUAUCAGGUAGGAGCCGAGUACUGGUACUUUGAUGGGGCAGAAUGGAGUCGGUUUAGGGAUGUGACAGUUUUUGCACCCUUUCUCAUCACUUUCCGCGGGUGGUACAUCUGCGACUUGUACGAAGGUCAGGGGAACUACGUGUUAGAGGAUUCGCUGAGAACAAUCAUACUGGCUCCACCCAAGCUCAGAGGGUUCAAGGACAUUCUGAACAAUGGAGCUGGGCGAUAUUUUCUACCAACAUGGACUGAUGAGGAGAUGUCAAUCUUCAUCAAGAUGCAAGGGGGUCGCGUGAACGAAGAAGAAGCAAAGAAUGUCGUCGAGGAUUGGGGGAACGUACCGAGGAAUGUCAUAAUGAGGCCUUUAGAGACACUUGAGCAGGCGAUACAGACGAUAACCUCAAUGUCGUCGCUAAACAAAAAGAUGAUAGCAGCAGGGAACGAAGACCUGGGAUCGCCAUCGAGACUGAUUCACCUGGUCCCAAGCUCAGACUACACGACUAUCAGCGCUCGAGCAUGCUCGCAGAAGGCCGCGGAGAAGAUCUUUGCCCGACUUGUCAGAAAAGACUGGGAUGCCCUUAUACGCAUGGUUUUCAUAUGCUCUGAUUCUGGGUGGGAUUGGGGGGCGGGUCUAGUUUUUGAAUGCUUGGCGCAUGAGGUGCUGAAGAAAGGAGGGAGAUACAGAUUGCGCAGUCUAGGGUCGGGGGAGGAUGAUGAAGGGGCAAGGGAAGUGAUAAGUUUGGAUGUCAAGAAGUCACAGGCAUACUUUGAGGUUUCAAGAACAGGACUCAAGGAGUGGAAGAUCAUGGAGAACACAUAUUGCAAGCCCAAGGCAUUGAACUUCCCUUGCAUGAGUGCGCUUUUAUUGUCAGAUCAGGAGGUCCUCUACAUGUUCCAGAUGACACGGACAGAACAAUAUCCGAUCAAGCUUGGACCACUACGUGAGAUGUUGACAGCUCUACGAGCCAAGAACAAGUUUGAGAGGGUAUGCCUUGUGUUUGUUCUACCCGCAGAGCUUGAGAGGAAAGCAAGUUGGAGACGAGCUCAGGUUUUCACCAACGACAAGACAGCAAGUGAGAUGGAGAAGCAGCCAGUGGAAAACGUUACCCAGCACGCGAUGUUCUUGUCCAUGGAAGACGUGGCAUGGCUAAAGGGAGCGGAGAAAGGAUUCAGCUCGUAG